CCCCCUGUCCCCGCGGCGGGGUGGUGCGGCCCGCUCCGGAGGGCGGGGGGCGGCGCAGCGCUCGCUGCUCGCCGCUAAACGCGCCCGGCGCGGGGAGGCGGUGGCCGGACCUGGAGCGACUCAGCAGCCGAGCCUGGAGUAUGGCAGGGAUCGGAGCCGCUUCUCGCGUCUCGCCGGCUCCUCUCGGUCCUGGGGAACUUUUUCCAGCGGCCGGUGCCUCCCCGCGGUGGUGGCGGUGGCAGCGGAGACGGCGCCGGGCGGGUUCGGCGCUGCCCCCGGGGUUGGGGCUGCUGGGACUGGUGUUCUCCCGCUUCUGCUGCAGUGCCUUAGCUGGACCAGUUGUUGAUCCACAUGUGACAGCAGUUUGGGGGAAGAAGGUUGCACUGAAAUGCAUAAUUGAUAUAAAUGAAACAAUAACACAAGUUUCCUGGGAGAAGAUCCAUGGUAAAAUCUCAGAGACUAUUGCUGUUCAUCAUCCUGAAUAUGGAAUUUCUAUUCAAGAAAAAUACCAAGGAAGAGUGUCAUUUAAAAACUACUCACUUACUGAUGCAACAAUCAUCCUAAAAAAUGUAAGCUUUUCUGAUGCAGGAGAAUAUAUCUGUAAGGCAGUUACAUUCCCUCUUGGAAAUUCACAGUCGUCAAUAACUGUAACAGUAUUAGUUGAACCUUUUGUCAGCUUAACAAAAGGACCAAACCCUCUGAUUGAUGGUGCAAAUCAAACAAUAGCAGCCAUUUGUACAGCAGCCACUGGAAAACCUGCUGCGGAGAUUGACUGGGAAGGAGGUCUUGGUGAAAUGGAAUCCAGCUCCACCUUGUUUCCAAAUGAAACAGUGACAGUCAUAAGUCAGUAUAAUAUUGUCCCUACACGAUUUGCAAGAGGAAGACGAAUAACUUGUAUUGUGAGGCACCCAGCUUUGGAAAAGGAGAUAAGAUUCUCUCAUGUGUUGGAUAUACAGUAUGCCCCAGAAGUUUCAGUAACUGGAUAUGAUGGAAACUGGUUCAUUGGAAGAGAAAAUGUUCAGCUCAGAUGUAACGCUGAUGCAAAUCCAUUACCUAUGGAAUUCAUGUGGACCAGGCUGGAUGGACAGUGGCCUGAAGGACUGCUGUCUGUCAACAAUACUCUGCAGUUCAACAGCCCAUUGACUUACAACUACACUGGGACUUAUAUCUGUAAGGUGACUAAUUCCCUUGGUCAGAGAAGUGAUCAGAAGACUAUCUACAUAUUAGAUAUGCCAUUUAAGCAGACAUCUUCUGUUGCUGUAGCAGGGGCUGUGAUUGGAGCAGUCCUUGCUCUUUUUAUCAUUACCAUCUUUGUGACAGUGCUGCUGACCCCAAGGAAGAAAAGGCCAUCCUAUCUUGACAAAGUGAUUGAUCUUCCGCCCACUCACAAACCAUCUUCACAUGAGGAGAGAGCAUUCUCUCUACCACAGAAAGAAACUAUGAUUCAGAAAGAACAUCUUGCUUUGCAAAGUCAGUAUGGAGAGAAAGAUACUGGAAACUUGCAGCACAUGAAAGCUGUGAAUGAAAGGCAACUUAUCUGCGAGGCUGAAGAGCUACAGGAACAACAGUGUCUUCAGCAUAUGUACCCUGUUUAUCAGCAGACAUACUACAAAAAUUGGAACAGCGGGCACCCUCAAAACUCCGGAUCUGGGAGAGUCUACAUCAAUCCAAGGGAGCACUAUGUAUGAUUAUGUAUCCUUCAAGGUGUGACGUUUUGCAUACUUACUGGCCAUAGGACCAAUAAGUCUUGUUGGCUUCCAUUUCUAAAACAAUUUUUUUUUUUCCUGUGGGAAGAAAUUGCAUGGCAGUUUUGUAUAAGUAAACCUUAUGGAAUUUGUGACUUAAACUUUCUUCUAGCAUUUUGUAUGUAUUUUAGUAGUUACAGCACAAUGUCAACCUGUCGAAAGAGGAGAAAGCUGUCUGGCUUUAUUAUUUAUCCUUUAUAGGCUUCAGAAGUAUAAUUUACAGUUCAGUUAGUUGACAGACAACAAAAUGUGCUGCCCUUGUUAUGUAUGAUUCCAUAGGGAAUGUUUUCCCUUUAAAUGGAUAUUUUGAAAUUACUAACUUUUACAUAAGUAAGGUAAAUACUGUCAAGGGAAUCGGAUCCAUGGUGACAUGAGUAAUCUCAGGCUGUGAAUCAAUUCCUUUGCAUCUUAGAAAACUUGAGAUAAUUAUCAUUUUGACUAGCCUUAGCAACUGGUUUUUCCACUGCCUCUACCUCUCUGAGUCAAAUGAGCAACUAAACUACCUCUCAAGUACUAAAUUACUGUUUUAUAAAUUGUUAGGUGUCUUCUCACCUUGUAAAAAAUAGAUGCGAUUUCUUUACAUCAUCAGAAGGUUUUCUCCUUUUUAUUUGGAUCUUGGCCGUGAAUCAAGUAGGUCUAUAUGAAAUUUAUUUGCUAGACGAAGAUUAGGAGAUAAAACUAUCUGAAAGUGUCUUACGUUUGAGUGUAUCUUAACUACAAAUUACUGUUUAGCCUUCUUCCUCAGUGAAGUGUUGUGGAGUUUCUUCUUGCUUGGCAGUUAAUACAUUUUAUGCUCUUUGCGGUAAAACUACUGCCAUGAGGCAUUCUCAUGUCUUAGCAAGAUAAGUAGAGCUUUAGUAGUCUUCAAGUUUCCAGCACCAUUUUCUAAUCUCAGCCAGUACUAUGAAAUAACUGCUGAACGUCCCGAUGCCUCCAGUGCUAACAUUACUUCAGAUAAAUUUUUAUCAUUGUGGGUAAUGGUUGAAAAAACUUGCUCAGGAUCUUCUUAAAAAGGAGGGAAAAAAAAAAAAAAAAAAAAACUUUCAGAGUAAAAUAAAUAUUCUGCAAGUAACAAAGUGUAUAUUUUUAUUAAUGCCAAAA